AUUUAGGAAGCAUGGACAAGACCCUUGAAUAUCUUCGACGUGACGAGAGGGAUGUACUGGAUAAAUCUGGUCCGAAAAUAAUUCGGCACAAACCUAUCACUGCUUUAUUGUCACCCACUGAGUUGGACCCCUACAUCCCUUUACAUACGGCUUCCGAAGACUUGGUUUAUACAGGAAUUCGAAACUGCUGUGAGAUUCUCGAGAAAGGGCACUCAAAAUCAAUUGGUUCAUUCCCUGUCUCAAUCCUUCGUCCAUUUUCUGAGGACCUUGACUGCUCUGAAUUUAAUACUCUUCUCAAGAGAAUGAAGCAUGAAAAACUGAAGUGGGAUAAUUCCUUUAAUGUCCGUGGCAUUUCUACCCAUUUGCAAUCCCCCAUAUGGAUUUUUUGGUUGAAUGACGUUCUUUCCACAUUUGCCCCUAUUUUGAAGAAAUGUGGGAUUUAUGCUGCAAUCUAUGUAUCCCAAUUUGCAUAUGCUAGGAAUGUCUCCUUGCUCAAAGGAUUCUUAGAGCGGUGGUCACCCGAUACUAACACUUUCCACACCAUUUAUGGCGAACUUGGGAUCUCUUUAUGGGACCUUCAUCGCAUUAGCGGGCUCCCCAUUCGUGGUGAGUUUUAUGAGGAGUUUACCCCAUCCAAUGACAUUUUAUAUUCAUCCCAGACAUCCAAGGCGUGCCGUGGGCUUUUCAACAUUUAUGCCAGCUCUGUUCAAUCCAAGAAGUUUAACCACUAGACUUUUAAAUUCAUUGACGAAUCCCCAACUUCGAUCAGUGGGUUUCAACGAAAGGAUAGAAUUCCUGAUGAUGUGUAUCUUUCCGGUUUUUUGGCGAGCUGGCUUAGCGGAUUUGUUUUCCCUCACUCUUCUGGGGAAAUUCGUCCGACGACCUUUCAUGUAGCCACCAAAAUGGCAGGUGGAACCUUAUUUAGCCUGGCCAUCCCCGUCCUUGCAUACCUCUAUCAUUCUCUUGGUAAAAUGGCAUCAUCAUCUUCACCUGGGAAGGAAAAUAUUCAAGGUCCUUUACAUUACUUUUUUGGAUGGAUUUCACUAUAUUUUGUCGAGACUUACUCUCAUGGGGAUCCUCAGUUGAUUUGUCCAAUUCCUGAUAUUCAUUUCAUGCCAUAUCUUGGGUUUAUUGGAAACCAAUCGGCAGCCCAAUUUUUUAAUGAUAAAUUUCCAUUUGUGGACUCUCUCCUAACUUAUCGUACGGAGUGUCAGUUUAGGGCUCUUACCCAUGAAAGUGAACCUUCAGGCAUUCUGGUCGACUCUGAAAGGAUAUCAUCUUUCCAUCUUUGCUAUCUUAUAUCUUUGAGGCAAGGGGUUUUAACUUUUAAAAUGGGAUUUAAUUUCAUUUCUGAACCGUACUCCCCUAACCGAUUCGGUCGUCAAUUUGGGUUUGCUCAAGCAUGCCCUACACCGCUUAAUGUAUCUUGUCGGCAACCCUUUGAGUGGGCUAAAUUUUAUUACAACUGGCGCCAUAUGCUACGCUGCGGUACAAAAGUCUCAUUGGAGUUACCAGGCUCCCGAUCUACUUCUCACGUAACCAUGCCUUAUGCCAAUUGGUGGUUGGGAACUUCCUUUACCGUGCUUCAAUAUGUUACUCAUUCCCAGUCGAAAUCUUCACGCAAGAGAAAACUAGAUAUGUCAAUUAAAGACCGAAAGACGAAAAAUCCUCCUUACUCUAGAGCUAGGUCAUCAUCUUCACCUAUAGCUCUGGAAGCAUCAUCACUUCAGAGAAUGGAUAAUAAUCGACCACUUAUUGCUCCUUCUCGAUCUAGUUACUCGGCUUCAGAUCUCCUUCAUCUUUUUGAGGAUAUGUGUAAUUCUCAAUUUAAAAAUGAGAUUUAGCUUUGAGCAAGCAGAUUCUGGUCCCCAAUUUUCUAGUCUCGCAAAGCUUUUUCCAGAGACUAUGUCUAUCAGUGAUUGUACAGGAACUUCCCAACCCACUGUAGCGACCAAAACCCCAAUGGAUCAAUUUUGCACAUACUUGUACUCUUUUCUUGAAGAUAAAGAUGAGAAUAUGAUUCAAGAACUCUUUGAGGGAGAUGGGUAUGAAUUAACUGCCUUGGGUCGUAUUCGCAUUAAGAGUGUUGAAAUUCCUUCUCCUACCAAAUCUUUUGAUUGUUCUCUCAAUGGAAGUAGCGAGAGUGAAGAUGAGUUUUAUGACUACACCCCUCUUUUAGAUGGCACACCGACUAAGAUGAGUAAAUCGCCUUCAGCAAAUGUAGCUUUUUCUUCUCCUUUGAACGAGUCAUCCAAGCUAUUAGAGAAAGGCACUGCGCCUCAAACUUCCCCAGCUGCCUCGCAUAUGCCAUUGGAUACCUUUAAGGAUCAUGCCACAUUGCAAAAUCCAUGGUCCACUUGUGGGAAUCAGAAUUUGUCUCAUCCACCUAAGUCUCUUCAAGCCGUACACCAAGAAAAUACUUCUGACACAUUGGAAGAGACAGACGAAAUUACUUCUGAUACCUCGGUAGAGGCCCAAAUUCUUGCAGACUUACUUGAAGCAAAUGGGGUUAACAAAUUAUUUGACAAACUUGAAGCACCCACCCUUUGCUUCAUCUGGCCUUCUUUUGGGAACUUCCUCUAACGAAGCAGCCACCCA